AUCCAAACAUUCGUGCACCUCUGCCUCUGCCUCUGCCUCUGCACCACCCACCCCUUCUGCACCACCUACCCCCUCUCCACCCACCCGCUCACCCUCCCACCCCUCUUUAUCUCUCAAAUUCGCGUAUUCCAAUUUUUCAUUCUCCAAAAGUCCGCCAAUAAUUUUUUCAAUCUAGGGUUAGGGUUUUUUUCUCCUAAACCAUGUAUUAUUCGACAACUUUAGAUUAGAGAUUAUAUAAUGGUAAAGGCAUUCCCUUUUUUUCUCCAAAAGUUCCUCAAUUUAAUCCUGCUUCAGUUCUGCAAGUCAACCAUGUGUUGAAUCUGCUCUGCUAUCGGGUGUCAGUCCUGAUAUGGAAAUAUAUACUUUUCCUCAGCAAGGACAUGCGGAUGCUUAUAUGAUUCAGGGUACUGAGGCAAACCUGCAGAUCACCAGUCCGCUCCUUCAAAACUUUGAAGCUAUGUAUAAUGAAGGAGCCCCUGAAUUUGUUGUUGAUCAGGGAUUAUAUUAUCCAUCUGCCACUAGUUAUGGUUAUCUCUGUACAGGAUUAGAAUCUUCCGGUGAUUGGGAUGGCCACCAAAGAUUUUUUGGUCUGGAUGGUCAAGAUAUUCAGUAUAUGGAUGCUCAAACUGAAAGUUUCCCCUAUGUAUAUUAUACACCUAACUAUGGAUGUGCACAGUCUCCAUAUAACCCAUACAACCCUUACAUUCCUGGUGCUGUUGUAGGAGUUGAUGCUCCAUGUGCAGGGCCACAACAUUACUACACAAUCCCCUCUUAUGAAAACCCUGGUUUUCCUGUGGUGGUUCCAUCUACAUCUGGUGUUAUUGCAAAUGCUGCAGAGCCUAUGAUGGAUAGUGUUAUAUCUACUGCUAACAGAGCUGAUGGUCUUCGUCUUAAACGUAAUUUAUCUCCAACAUCUCCAAUCUUUACCCCAAUUCCAUUAGGGCCAGCUUCAGGUCAUAAAAAUGCAUCAAACAGGGGGUCUGAAAGUGCAAAGCUUAAUGCUGGAUCUAGUAAACAGCCUGCGUCGUAUGGUUUUUCCAGUCCAUCCUCUCAAGUACACCCGGGUAAAGUUGCUCAAGCUAUGGGAAGCAUUAUCCAUGGGAAGGCUUCGUCAAAUCAUGGCCAACUGAGAGCUCCUGUUCCCUCUGAAAAUGACUUGUCUAAUAUCAGAUCAUGUGCUCAUGAGCGAGCUAAUACAGAUAAAGCCAGGCCUAACUUUCUAAAUGGAAUAGUCCCAAAUGGUGGGAAAGUUAGUCCUGAUACAUUGACCGAACAGAAUCGAGGACCUAGAAAUGAAAAAACGAAAAAGCGAUUGGUUGUGAAGGCCUACACUACAAGAGCAGGAAAUGUUGAUGCGCAGGGGAAUAUUGUUAUUCAUGCUGAUGAGUAUAAUAGAGGUGAUUUUCCGAUGGAUUUUGCGAACGCGAAGUUUUUUGUCAUAAAAUCGUAUAGCGAGGAUGAUGUGCACAAGAGUAUAAAGUACAAUGUUUGGUCAUCCACCCCUAAUGGUAACAAAAAGCUGUUUGGUGCUUAUGAAGACGCUCAGAGAAUUGCUGCUGGAGAUCCAAGAGGCUGCCCAAUAUUCCUAUUUUUCUCGGUUAAUGCAAGUGGCCAGUUUUGUGGUGUUGCUGAAAUGACUGGUCCUGUAGACUUCUAUAAGGACAUGGAUUUCUGGCAGCAAGAUAAGUGGAGUGGUAGCUUCCCUGUCAAGUGGCACUUUAUAAAGGAUGUCCCAAACCCUAACUUUAGGCAUAUUAUAUUAGAGAACAAUGAGAACAAGCCAGUAACUAACAGCAGAGACACACAAGAGAUACGCUACAAGAAAGGCAUUGAGAUGUUGAAAGUAUUCAAGGAUUAUGCGUCAAGGACAUCAUUACUAGAUGACUUCAUGUAUUACGAAAAUAGGCAGAAACUCUUGCAAGAAGAGAAAGCCAAGCUGCUAAUCAGGAGCUAUGAAAGUCCAUUUCUUGUGCCUGUAUUAGAUCCUCCUCGCAAGCUAAAUUCCGUUUUUUGCUUACCUUCCGAUGAAGGUGAGAAGAUUUCAAAGCUUAGUGAACACCAAGUGACUGUUCCUGCAGUGCUGGAUUCCACAAAUGCUAAAGCCAACAAAGAUAAUGCAAGUGAUGGUGACAAAAUGACUGUUCCUGCAGUGCUAGAUUCCGCAAAUGCUAAAGCCAACAAAGAGAAUCCAAGUGACGGUGACAAACUGGAGGCUGAAGGUGGUCCACACAUUGAGAGUGCCCUGAAGAUUGGUUCACUAACUAUCAACCCUAAAAAAUCGAAAUCCCAGCCCCUGGAUGUACAUAGUACUGGUAACACAAUGGCAAGCACCCAGUCAGUUGAUGUUGUCACUGUCGGAUCUAUGCCUGUUAAAGUUAAUGGACAUGCCGAGUCUUCUGGUUUCCUAACGAUUGGAACAAUUCCGCUUGAUCCUAGAGCUUUCCAGCGCGAAGAGGCCAGUAGUUCCGGAAAAGAUGUUCCUAAGUGAGAGUGCAUUACCCCAGUAAGCACUUGGUUCCCUGCAGUAUAGUAUUUUACUUGGUCCUACAAAAGUUGAUGCGCAAAAUGAGUUUCCUUGUGAAUGUUUUAUUUUUUCGUGGAGAACGAGGUUGAGAUACCAAUUUUUAGGUUGUUUUGGGAUUGGGGUGGUGUUGGCUGGGCAUGGUAUUGCUUCAAAUACAGUCUAAGUUUCUUCCUUUUGGCUUCUGUUUUCCAACGAAUUUGAUGUUUCCAUAGUAUGCCUCCAGCAUUAAGAGGAAAAGAAAAGCAAAAUGCUUACUUUGGUAUUCUUUAGUCGUUGUAUGUUAACUCAGAAAACAAAUUUAAUUUUUUUAGUCGUUGUAUGUUAACUCAGAAAACAAAUUUAAUUUUUCUUCUUUAA